UUGAACGUCAAGUGACGUGUGACGUUCAUGUCGUGUUUCGCUGUCGUGUUAUUUCACUUUUUACAUACGUGUCAAGCUAACUUGAACGUUUUAGGCUUUUCAGCCUUAUUUCUAAGGAUUUAACUGACAAAUAUACUAACAAACAAACCAAAAUGGCACCAAAACAGAGGAUGCGCAUUGCCAACGAGAUCGCCAGCAAAAACAUCACGAUGAGGGGGAAUGUUCCAAAGACCACAAAGGAAAAAGAGGAUCAAUACCCAGUAGCACCUUGGCUUUUGGCUCUCUUCAUCUUUGUUGUCUGUGGCUCCGCUGUCUUCCAAAUCAUCCAAUCCAUUCGGCUGGCCUAGACUCCCUGUGAUUCCGACUGAUGAUUAGUAACAAUACAGUGCAAUACUUCGCGGCUUGAGCAGUUACUCUUCGGUAUUUAUGAACACCUGGUACCUGCAUUCCAUGACUAUAAAGACAAUGUUUUUUUUUUAAAUUCUAUGGACUGCUGACAAUUUAGUUUUUAUUCAUAGUAACUUCUCAAGCAACGAUUUACAAAAUAUAACGUUUUGUGUACCUACACUAUACGAUAUAGUAUAUGCGCAAAGCUAACUGCGCACUUCUUUCUAUGUGUAGCUUCCGAAGUUGCAUCAUGUGUUUAGUCCUUAUAAGCGCAGGUUUUAAAUAAUCUCAAAAAAAACCUAUUGUAUCUAUUCUUGUAUAUUGUAAAUUGAAAUUAAUAUUAAGGCGAAAAUCAAGGCAUUUAGAUGAAAUGUUAAAUUUUUUCAUUCAUUCCUUAAUGUUUUUGAGACCAAGUGUUGAAUUACGCACAAAAACUGUUUUCUGGACAGAAAGUGGUUUUAAUAUUAAUUCAAUUUUAUAUUAAUGAAAUUAUUUUAUAUCCCCGCCACUGUGAAGAAAUUAAUUGUCGGUACUAUUUUUAAUUUUAAAUGUAAUUUAUUUGAUUAAAUACAGUAUAUUUGUCAUACGAAUAA